CUACAGUUCACCUUCACCGUUCAUCUCCCGAUUUCCCGACUGGACUGUGCCGUGGAAAUCUUUGGCUGGACCAAAGCUGGCAGCUCCAUAGAGGCACAGUUCAGUUUCUGGACUUUUCCUUCCUAACUUCCAUACACACUUACUUCGCUACUACAUUAGCCUUGAUGGAUUUGAUGAAUAGUACGGUUGCUGGUUGAGAGUGUCCUUUUUAUCGAUGUAUUGAAUAAGUGUUUAUUAGGAACGGAAAUGCAAAAGCUACUAACAAAAACAAUAGAUUCUGACAACUUCGGCUUCAAUUUCACAGGCAAACAAACAAGAAAGCGUUAAAAUACAUACAAAAUAGAAUAUACAAGCCCAAUGUGAAUGUGAUUUAGCUGACAAUCCCUUGGAAAGGACAAAAGAAGAAUAGAAAAAUUGCUUAAAGACAUCUGCUGCUCAAUGUGCUUCAAAGUGGACAGACAGCAGAGUGUGUAUAGUGAACGGAAAGCCCAACCAACAAUGGAACCUUCCACCGAAACCAAACAAAAUAAAACAAUCACAAACCAAUAGCAAAUCUACCCCCCCCCCCCCCCUUAAUACAGCAUAAGUGUCCCUCUACAUAAGCGUCGUCGUUAGUGAACGAGCGGCAUUCAAUUCAAUGUCACGAACGAAUUACGAUGUUUCCUUGUCCCCUCUUGGUGGUAUUCUCUCAUCUCGGUGGUUUAGAAGUAGUGUUUGGUAGCAGAAGUAGUGGCCCACUAUGGUUGAUAUCUACGUGGCAACCUUAAAAUGACCAAAGCCAGCAAGUGGACGAAGGGCGAACAUCGAAUCAAUCAUCCACAAAGGUGGUAAUAAAACAGAUAGACAGAUUAAUCAAAACAAAAACGAUUGACGAAAGAUGAGAAGACGAUCCACCGAAGAUUGAGAAGAUCCUUGCAACGCUCGAAAUCCCAAGCGGUUUCCUGCUGGUGCGUUCGUUGCACUAGAUCGAUGUGAUAUUGCAUCUGGCGAGGUUUCCUGUCUGAGUUUUACCAUACCGACUAUAUCAGCAAACCUGGAAAUUACUUUUGCUCAGCCUCUCAGCCCCCUAAAAGGACAAUCAAUCCCCCCCCCCCCCC